AUGAUGGAAGGCCGUUGGUUCGAUAUCUCACAAAGCGGAAAUGAAUCAACCGGUACUCCCAACUUUUCUAAGACUCCAUCUCCAUCCAACGUCGAAACCAUUGGAAACACUCCAAGAAUUACGAUCACCACCGUCAACCAAGGAAGGCCCAGAAUCGAUCUUACUACAGGCGGCGGCGGCGGCGAUAACAGUGGACUUAGGAUGCGAUCUGUAAGGGUGGAUCAAACGCCUGCCAGACCGGCUGGUGCCCUUACUGGUCUCAACAUACCUAGUAUCAAAGGUCUUACCCUUCCAGUCUUUGAAGGACCAUCGAAUCCAAUCCAUCUAAACGAAUUUCUGAAAAAAUACCCACCGUCUACGACCACACAUCAGUCGAUCGCCGGAUCCUGGGUUUUUGUAAAGCGAAACAAUACAAACCCCGGUUAUCCAUUGUCGAAACCCGACAAUUUUGCGUGUGCGGAGAAAGCAAAGGCAGUCAUCGACGACACCAUCACGCGACUUCAGUCGUAUGAAACCGACGGGGUUACGACUCGCGGAUAUCUUCUUGAAAAGGUCUUCAAAUCUGCUGCUGGAGAAUUAAGGGACUUGGCCGUUAAACACAACUACACAUGCGGAGCUUGGUUCGUUCCAGUCUCCACCCAGCGUGUCGACAAAGUCUUUACUGAGCUCUCGAGAUCCAUUAUUGCUGGAGAGCUUAGCCGGACCUUUGCACACGCUGUCAAGGCUACAGUCAUGAACGUCCCAAGAGUGCCUCCUGAAAUGCACCUCGUCAAUGUUAUAGUACCAGAUGCCUGGGAUAAAGAAGCCAAUCGGAAAGUGCUUGAUGUUCUCCUCAACUUCUACGGGUUGGCACCCAGUGGCUGUAAACCGGAACUAUUUGUUCAGAUAGGCUACGGGAAUUUUCACAAAUCUAAAGGCGACAGCUGCACAUUUACACCUCAAGACUUCUUUAACAGGCACGAGAUAAACCAAGCGAGAUUCGCGGUUACAAAAGAAAGAUCCUUCUCAAGAGGUAAAAUACUCGGCAAUCGUUUAGGAAUGGGAUUGAUAGAUAAGGUCAAUCCAACAGGGGAGAAAGCUAAUACACAUGAAACUGCAAACUGA